CGUUCAGACUAGCUAGCCAGCGCACGUGCCGUGCACCAAAAAUGGCCGAGGAAGGCAGCCUAGGCAGGCACAUCGCCGCCGGUGACCCCAUCCGGCCGCCGCGGCUGGAGGAUGCGGGCCUGGAGGACUGCGCGCUCCCGCCGGAGUCCAUCGCCGAGGCUUUCUCCCUUGCGGCGUUGGCCGUCUCCUCCCGCCUCUCCCUCUCCGACGACGAGGACGAGGACGGGGGAGAUGCCCCCCUUGCGCCUCGUGGAGGCUGCGUGGAGGACGCGGGACCCACAUGCGGGGCCGUCCCUGACGCCCUUUCUGGCGCAGUGGGCGGCAGCGAGGGCGGCGCCGACGAGGUCGUGGUCGUCGGCGGCGGUGGCGGAGGAGGCAGCGACGAGGUGGUAGUCGUCAGGCGCGGAGAUGAGGAAGAUAGGGUCGUUGUGGUCGGAGAAGAGCUGGGGCAGGAGAAGCGUUGCGGCAAGGGAACCAGAGAAGGAGAGCGGCGGAAGGAGGAGGAGGAAGAGGAGGAGAUGGUGGAGAAGGCCAUCUUGAUGGAAGAUUUCGCGUGAGCUUUGUGAGCUUUUCCUUUAGCCUGAUGUUAUUUCCCUCGUACUUUGUUGUUCGUUUAACCUGUAAUGUAGUGAAUCUCCCUAUGAGGAAGGCAAGACUGGAUUUAUCUCAGAUGUAGUGUUUGAUUGUAAGAUCAUUACUAAUGUAGUGUUUGAAUUUAAGGUCGAAUGACAGUAUGUUAGUCUCUUGUGGCAAGCUACUUAGCAUCAAUGGUAUUCGAUUUAGUGCA